AUGAUCUGGUGGUUGCUGAGGUGCCUCCCCCCUCCCUUGGUUCUGAUAUCCUCGUUUUGUUGCGAUGGGGUUUUCAACUCCUUUUUUGGGACUGUUGCUUAUGGGGUGGUGGUGUGUACUGAAGGUGGAGAAUUGAUUUUUGAUGCAGCCAAGUCAUUUUCUGGGAAAGUGAGGUCUAAUGAUCUGGUGGUUACUGAGGUGCCUCCCCCUUCUCUUGGUUCUGAUAUCCUCGUUUGUUGCAAUGGGGCUUUCAACUGCUCUUUUGGGACUGCUGCUUAUGGGGUGGUGGUGUGUACUAAAGGUGGAGAAUUGAUUUUUAAUGCAGCCAAGUCAUUUUCUGGGAAAAUGAGGUCUAAUGAUCUGGUGGUUACCGAGGUGCCUCCCCCUUCCCUUGGUUCUGAUAUCCUCGUUUGUUGCACUGGGGCUUUCAACUGCUCUUUUGGGACUGCUGCUUAUGGGGUGGUGGUGUGUACUGAAGGUGGAGAAUUGAUUUUUAAUGCAGCCAAGUCAUUUUCUGGGAAAAUGAGGUCUAAUGAUCUGGUGGUUACCGAGGUGCCUCCCCCUUCCCUUGGUUCUGAUAUCCUCGUUUGUUGCACUGGGGCUUUCAACUGCUCUUUUGGGACUGCUGCUUAUGGGGUGGUGGUGUGUACUGAAGGUGGAGAAUUGAUUUUUAAUGCAGCCAAGUCAUUUUCUGGGAAAGUGAGGUCUAAUGAUCUGGUGGUUACUGAGGUGCCUCCCCCUUCUCUUGGUUCUGAUAUCCUCGUUUGUUGCAAUGGGGCUUUCAACUGCUCUUUUGGGACUGCUGCUUAUGGGGUGGUGGUGUGUACUAAAGGUGGGGAAUUGAUUUUUGAUGCAACUAAGUCAUUUUCUGUCGGAUCUUCUUUGUUAUUCGAAGCUGAAGCUGUGGUAGUGACGUCAAUAUAUAGAGGGGCGGCGCAUAAACCUAGUCGCCUCCUUCCUCUUCCCCACCUGGAGUGA